AUGAAGAAACUGUCAAGUUCUACAGUCAUUGGAAAUAAGAGGAAGCUACCAUACUCAGCUAGCCAAGAUGGAAAUGUUGUUAAUACGACUAUUCGUAACACGGCGGAAGAUUAUAUGAUGGGCCAGACAUCUGAUAAUCGUACUGAUAAAGGCACUACAUGCAACACUAAUUACAAACAACUAACAGGAAGUGAAAAUUCAACGUAUAUUGGAACGAUUACAGGUACUCCAAAAAAUCGUUUCAAUGUUACAUUGAGAUCCAAAAAUUCUCUACCUUUGAGUGAUAUUACAAAUUGUAACAGGACAAUUCGAAGUAAGAAGAUCAAAGGUUCAUUGACGUUGACGGAAGUAUCAACAAUAGACAAUAAUGUGAAUGCACAUAAAUGGAGUGAGCGUAGCCAAUCAUACUCCUUGGGCAUUUCUCGGCCAAAUAUUACUCAAGAAUCGGAUCCACAAGUUGUAAUUUGUCGAGAUUUAAGUCAAGAUUUUGAUGAAGUUAUGGAGAGUGAAGUUCAAUCUGUGUAUCUUAACUUACAACGUAUUCUUUUCAAACGGAAGAACAAUGACAAAGAUAGCAUUCAUGUUGAAGUUGUCUCUGAUAUUAAAAAAGUUUUGGACGAGAACAAUGUGUUAGUACAAUCCUUCCGCAAUGCAAAGACACAUAUUCAAGCAAAUCCACGGGUAGAAAUCAAGAUGAGACUAAUUGGCAAACGUAACAAAGAUGCCCGAACAUAUAACCUCCCAACAGCGUCUGAGGUUGCAGCACUCAUUGUAGGAGACUUGGAACCAACAAUGGGUCAACGUGACAUAUUGGUCGAGACUAGAUCUGGUCUCUUGAAAAGGAUUAGUGAGUUGCACCCAUCGUACUUACCGUUGCAAUACCCACUCUUAUUUCCAUAUGGAGAAGAUGGCUAUAGAGAGGAUAUACAGCGAUGUAAAGAUUCCAACAACAAAUCUAACAGUAGGGUCCGCAUAACAGCGAGGGAAUUCUUCUCUUUUCGGAUGCAUGAACGACCCGGAGAGCUCUCGACUUUGUUAUUUUCCAAAAGGUUGUUUCAACAGUUCUUGGUAGACGCUUACACCAUGGUGGAAACUAGAAGGCUCAUAUACAUAAGGAACAAUCAAAAGUCAUUAAGAUGUGAAGCUUACAAAGGGUUGUCAGAUGCACUAACCCGUGGUGAGAUUGAUCCUAGCACACAAGGGAAGCGUAUUAUUCUACCAUCUAGCUUCACGGGCGGUGCUAGGUAUAUGGUUCAGAACUACCAGGAUGCUAUGGCCAUAUGUCGUUGGAUAGGUAAGCGUGAUUUGAAAGCUGAAGACAAGCCCGAUAUUGUUUGCCAAAUUUUUAAGAUGAAGUUGGAUGAUCUAAUAAAAGGCCUUCGAACUGGAGAAUUGUUUGGUACAGUUAGAGCAGUCAUUUACACUAUUGAGUUCCAAAAGCGUGGUCUACCGCAUGCUCACAUUCUACUCUUCUUAGCAAACAAUGAUCGGAAUGCGGGGUGCAAUUUUAUUGACAAAAUGAUCGCAGCAGAAAUACCAGAUAAAGAAGUUGAUCAAGAGUACUACAAAUGUGUUGAAGAAUUUAUGGUCCAUGGUCCUUGUCGAAAUGUAAGAAAGCAAUCUCCGUGUAUGGUGAAUGGAAGGUGUUCGAAGCAUUUUCCAAAGAAGUUUGUUGACUCAUCGACUUUUGAUGAAGAUGGUUACCCAAUAUAUAGACAGAGAGAUGAUGGUAGGUUUGUUAUGAAAAGUGGUAUUCAAUUGGACAAUAGAUUUGUUGUACCACACAAUAGGUAUUUGCUGCUUAAAUAUAGGGCUCAUAUGAAUGUGGAAUGGUGUAAUCAAUCAAGAUCAAUCAAAUAUUUAUUCAAAUAUGUUAAUAAAGGGAAUGACAGGGUCACAGCUGAGUUCUAUAAAAGUACCUCUGACAGUAAUGGGAAUGAAGUCAUCGAUGAGAUUAACAUGUAUUACGACUGUAGGUACAUAUCAGCUUGUGAGGCUACUUGGCGGCUAUUUAGCUUUGAGGUACAGUUUAGAACUCCAGCGGUGGAGAGAUUGAGCUUUCACCUACCAGACUGCCAAACAAUAAUUUUUGAAGAUGACGAUCCAGUUGACAACGUAUUGAUGAGGGAGACAAUUGGUCAAAGUAUGUUUAAUGGUUGGUUUGAAGCGAACAAAAGAGAUGCAUGUUAUGCCCGUGGUCUAUUGGAUGAUGAUAAGGAGUAUAUUGAUGCCAUUAAAGAAGCAAGUUAUUGGUCAUCUGCUCAUUCUAUGAGAAAACUUUUUGUGACAUUGUUGACAUCAAAUUCAUUUAAUAGGCCUGAAACUGUAUGGAAGGAGGUGUUGGAUUACCUGUCUGAAGAUGUGCAAUACAAUCAACGCAUAUUCUUAUCAAUUCCAGAUUUAGUUUUAACAAAUGAGGAGAAAGAGAAUCUAACUCUAAUAGAGUUAGAAAAAUUGUUGCAAGUAUACAACAAAUCAUUAAAAGACUUUCCUCCCAUGCCCACACCACGAGUUGCUUCUACAAGGUUAAAUGGAAAUCGUUUGUUGUUUGAAGAGUUGUCAUAUGAUCGUGUAGUUCUUGCAGAUGAAAGCGAUAGGUUUGUUAGCCAACUCACUGAAGAGCAACGUGGUGUUUACGAUACAAUAAUUGGAGACGUGUCAUCUAACAAAGGUGGAUUGUUUUUUGUUUAUGGUUAUGGAGGAACAGGGAAAACAUUCUUAUGGAAGACCCUAUCUGCCACAUUGCGAUCUCAAGGUGAAAUUGUUAUCAAUGUAGCUUCAAGUGGAAUUGCUUCACUAUUGUUGCCAGGUGGCAGGACGGCACACUUAAGGUUUGCUAUACCAAUUAACAUUAAUGAGGACUCCACCUGCAAUAUUAAACCCGGUAGCGACCUUGCUGAGUUGAUUUCAAAGGCAAACUUAAUCAUUUGGGAUGAAGCUCCAAUGAUGCACAAACGCUGCUUUGAGGCACUAGACAGAACUAUGCGAGACUUGCUUCGUUUCACUAAUCCUGCAAGUGAGAGAUAUACGUUUGGUGGUAAGACUGUAGUACUUGGUGGUGAUUUUAGGCAGAUUUUACCAGUUAUACCGAAGGGCUCUAGGCAAGAUAUUGUUUCUUCAACCAUCAAUUCAUCGUACUUAUGGGAAAGUUGUACGGUUCUAAGGUUGACAAAAAAUCUACGUUUGGAAAAUAUGGAAAAUGCUGAAGAAAAACAACAAGUAGAACAAUUUGCAAAGUGGAUAGCUUCUAUUGGGGAUGGUACAGCAGGUGCAUCUAACGAAGAUUGUCCAGAGGUUGUGAUUCCAAAUGAGAUGUUGUUGUCAUCAAAUGGCGACCCAAUUACCACUAUUGUUGAAAGUACAUUUCCCAUGUUCCAAAAUGGUUCAUGUGAUAACAGUUUUCUUGAGAGUAGGGCAAUUUUGGCACCAACAUUGGAUGUUGUGAACGCUGUUAAUGAUUACAUGAGUAGCAUGCACGAAGCUGAGAGUCGAACAUAUCUUAGUUGUGAUUCUGUAUGUAAAACGGAUAAUGGUAGUGGAGUUCUUGCAGAUGUUCACACACCUGAGUUUCUUAAUGGCCUUAAGGCAUCAGGUAUACCAAACCAUUCUUUGACAUUGAAGGUUGGUUCACCGGUGAUGUUGUUAAGAAACAUUGAUCACUCUCUCGGCUUAUGUAAUGGCACUAGACUGGUUGUAACAAGACUUUCUGAGCAUGUAAUUGAAGCUAAGAUAAUGUCAGGCAAUCAUUCUGGUACAAGGGUGUUGGUCCCUAGGUUGAGUAUGACGCCUUCAGAUCCAAGAUUGCCAUUUAAGUUAGUAGAAGACAAUUUCCUUUGA